CGAGCAAUCCAAGAAAUGGCAAAUCUGCUUUCCGUCGGAAGAAGCUUCAGGCGACGCAACAAUGGCGACAGCUUCCCAUCAGGUCGAAGCAACAGGGAUGGAACAGCAAAAGCCAUGGUUGCCGACCACAUUUCUCAGUCUGUACGAUCCACGUCAAAUCUCCUUCAUCUAAUGCAGCAAUCGUCUUCAGCUCAGGCUCAGUUAACAAAGUUGCCAAAGAAUCUUUUGGCUAAAGCAUCUACUAUGAAAAAUACUGGGAAAAUCUUAGAGCAGAUGCCGCAGGUGGUUUCAUCAUUAGAUGCAUAUGUUGAGAAGGGACUAGAAAGCAUUCCUCGUUUGCAAACUGUGGUGCAAUUACUUACAAACAUGGAAAGCUCCCAGCUGAAAUCUCUCUCUCAAUUCCAACACCCUCAAGAGGAGAGCGAAUCUCUUCCUCAACCGAAAGAUGUGGACUAGCAAUUCUGUCCUUCCAAAACAUGUAAAGAUAAGGCCAUAAGAACAUUCAUUUACCAAUUGUAAAGUGUGAAACUGAUGAAUCCCAAUUGGAUCAAUCAAUGAAGAACCAAUUUUGGUUUGUGUGUUCAGUGCUUUCAACCAUGGAUUAAAAUACCGUGUCAUAUCGAUAUCAAAUUCAGGAUAUAUUGAUAUCGAAGAUAAGUCACAAAAUUAUUUAGAUUAGUAACUUAGAUAACAUUUUUUUUUUAAUGUUUUAUGAACAUUUAUAAAGAUGCGAGGGAUAUUGAACUUUUUGAUUAUAUCAAUAUAUAUUCAUAUAUCAGCGAACAUUUUCGUCAUU